UCCCAGCUAGCUACUGCACACGGCACACCCUUAAUUCCCUGCGAUUAUUGUUAGUCAAGCGAUCACGUCACUAGCUAUACUUGCCGCGAGCAAAAGCGAGAGAGAGAUCAAGCCCAAACAGGUAGCUAGCCAUGCAGGCCGGGAAGACGGCAAUGGAGGCGACCAAGGAGGCGGCGGCGAACGUGGGGGCCUCGGCGAACGCCGGCAUGCAGAAGACCCGCGCCGCCGUGCAAGGCCAGGUGGAGAAGGCCACGGCGCACAACGCGUCGGACAGGGCCGCGGCGGAGGCCAACCAGCGGGAGCGCGUGCGCGCCGCGGAGCUGGAGAAGCAGGACGCCAUGCGCGCCAACGCCGCCGCCAAGGAGCGCGCCACCGGCGCGGCCACGUACCAGCACCCGUCGCAGGGCGCGCCCGGGAUCGUCGACGCCUCCCGGCAGGGCUACGGCGCCGGCGGGGCUGCCCCGGCGGGUGGGCACGUCGAGGACGGCGUUGGCGAGACCCGCCCCGUCGCUAGGGCCACCGGCACGGCGCGGCCCAGCGCCGCGCACAACCCGCACGUCGGGAGCGACUUCCCGCAGGCGCGCGGCACCGGCGGACAGUACCAGUGAGCUGCCGCGACGCGCGCGUACCCGUGUGACGUGUCAUACCACCUUAGACUGCUACAGUGUAAAAUAUCCCCAUUCGCUCUCACUCAGGCGCGCCGCUGCAACAUGGUCGUCGCUGCCGUAUCUCCGACGGGUCGCUGCCAUUGCCAAUCACGUGGAUGGGACUGCCGUGGCGAGCCCGAGGAUGAGGCUGCAUUGGCGAAGGCUGAAGCAAUCGUGGUUUUAGCCGUCGCCGUCAUCGUGGCUGUUCAAGAGCCGCGCCAUUGGGUCCGCGUGCAGGAGGCCACAUCCAGAAGGCGAGCGUCCAGGAGGCGUGCCGUCCAGGAGCAAUUGCCGAUCACAAAAACUAAGCUAAUGUUGUUGUAGUCCCUUCACCACUGUUGUAUCUUAUCUAGAAGCAAUUAUCGCUGCUUUUUAUUUAGGAACUGGUUCAUCUAGGAGCAAUUGUCGCUGCUUUUUAUUUAGGAACUGGUUCAUAUGUGAGACAAGUGUUUUGUUAUUGUGUACGUGAAUCCUGCUUCACUAGGAUUUAGUAAUGGUAUAUGUAAGUGAUCUUACAGUUUGAUGAAUAAAUUUGGUUGAAAUUUG